AUGGCGACGCCCGUGAAGAUCGACGGCGCUGUGCCCAAGAAAGUUUACAUGCACUACGAGAGUGACAAAGACGAGACGCAGACGCUGACAUUGAAGAUGACGCUGCCGUCCAAGUGGGCAGGCCACACGGUGGACUACCUCAAAAACUUCUUCGUAGAGCACUACAAUCGCAAGAAACCAGAUAAUGAGCUCGAGAGUGCCCACGUGCAUCUCGAAAAGAAGGACAAGACGGGGCUCUACGGCGACGAGCUCCUGCAUGUGGCCGUGCAGAAGUACGACGAUCUGUAUCUCAAAGCGGGCGCCUCGAUGCUCAAACCCGUGCGGCUCCAGCAGAAUGAAGCAGCGGCUGCUGCUUCGGACACGAAGAAGCCGUAUCUGCAGUGCAAGAACCACGGGUGCCAGAAGAAGUUUGUAGAGGAGGAGAACAGCGACGAGGCGUGCCGUUACCACAGUCUGCCACCGCUGUUCCAUGACAUGAAAAAGGGCUGGCAGUGCUGCUCGUCGAAAAUGGUGUACGACUGGGACGAUUUUGAGAAGAUUGAGCCAUGCCAAGUCGGCCGCCACUCGACAGUGGGGCACCAGGAGCAGUUCGCUGCGUCACCCACUGUAGCAGCAGCGGAGCGUGCAGCAACGAGGUCCGUAGACCCGGUGGGGGCAGCGCAAGCUCCAGCGCCACUCAAGUCGAUUGACGACUACAAUCAGAAGAACCCGAAUGCGGUGACGGCUGUUUCAGCAGCCAAAGAGAGCCAGACGACGACUGCGCGGCCCAAGCGCACUGAUGGUAAAGCAAAAUGUGUCAAUUUCGGCUGCCAGCAGGAGUACGUCGUAGCUGAAAACGACGAUACGUCGUGCAACCACCACGUUGGUGCACCCGUGUUCCACGACGCCAACAAGUACUGGAGCUGCUGUCCGAAGAACGUCAAGUAUGACUUUGACUCGUUCCUCAAGGUGCCUGGCUGUGCCGUGUCGGCACACACGGAUAUCAAGUCGGCGUAG